AUGCCCUUCACAGUGCAAAAGGAGGGCAACGAAGUGUUGGGGACAGAAGAAGAAAAACUUGCACGGAAGAGGAAAAAUGCUAGAUUGAGGCAACAGAAGAAGAGGAGUUUGGAAACCCCGGAACAAAAAUCUGCACGAAACGCAAGCAAUGCAGCACGUCAAGUCAAGAAUAGGAGUAUGAAACAAUUUAACAUGACGCCGGCAAAGACGGAAGAAGGACCGGCGCACAACCUUGGAUUGCAACACAGGCCUGACAUGUCAUUGACCAAAGACAACAAAGAACAACCGGCACGUCACAGUAUGGAGGACGAAAGAGGUGAGGUACCAGAGAGGAUGCAGAGCUUCCACCAGCUUGGAUUGCAACACAGGCCUGACAUGUCAUUGACCAAAGGCAACAAUGGCAUGGCAUGCGAUGAAUCGCUGGAUCAAGAGGGUGCACACAAGGACAUGUCAUUGACCAAAGGCAACAAUGGCAUGGCAUGCGAUGAAUCGCUGGAUCAAGAGGGUGCACACAAGGACAUGUCAUUGACCAAAGGCAACAAUGGCAUGGCAUGCGAUGAAUCGCUGGAUCAAGAGGGUGCACACAAGGACAUGUCAUUGACCAAAGGCAACAAUGGCAUGGCAUGCGAUGAAUCGCUGGAUCAAGAGGGUGCACACAAGGACAUGUCAUUGACCAAAGGCAACAAUGGCACUGCACGCAAGAAAAACUCAAUACGAGAAGAGCUGAUGAUCUACCCAGUGGACAUGCGGUUUCUCAAUGAAGUGGAAAAGCAGUUUGACAUAACAAGAAUGGUUGGAUCCGGAACAUUCGGGGAGGUAUAUGCGGCCUACGACAGGGUAAAUGGUCGCCGAGUAGCAAUCAAACGAUUGUUACCAUUUCACAGACUCGAUGCGUACAAGGAGGAACAAAGGUUUAUAUCGAGCUUGAAUGGAAAAUCCAACAUUGUACAGAUAGUGAAAUGUCCGCCACUGGCUCCUGAUGGGAUAAUCCUUAUCGAGGAGCAGCAGGCUUUGAUUUUUGAAUACUUGGAACAUGACAGGCCCUCGGUUUACGUCAAAGAUUUGACCAUGAGCGAGAUUGCCCACUACAUGAAGAAUUUGUUUGUUGCUUUGCGCUCUGUACAUGCCCUCGGGAUUAUACAUCGAGACGUGAAAUUGAAUAACUUCCUCUACAACAGAAGGAACAAGAAGUACUUGCUCGUGGACUUUGGGCUGGCAGAGAAACAAAUGCAGACCACCGCUCAGGGAAUUUCCAAAGGACUAUCGCCUUCAUCAGGCCGCAGCAUCGGCAACAUCUUGCCCUGUGAGGUUUCUACGGCCAGCUCUCGCUUCUUGCGGUAUCAAACAAAUAGAUUGGAUUAUUGCAAAGGAAUUUACCUGCACUUUCUGGCUUCCGGGCAUGUGACAGAGCAAUUCAAAUAUUUUAUUCAGAACAAGAUUCCUCUUGGUUUGUUGAAUAUGACAGCCAUGGAGAAACGGCAUCUUGAGGUUGGAAAAGUUGCGUAUCGUAGAGGGCAGACGGCAUGUUGUAACCGGAAACGAUCGGACAGGUUCCGGUCGGAUGCGGUCGAACCCCUCACGAAAAAGCAGAUAACGAGCAUGGAAGUUCAAGCCAACCUCAGUUGCCAAUCGUUCAGGAACAUUUGCUUGAAGUGCAGAAACAUGCAAUCAGUUUGCUGUUGUGUCAAGGCUCAGUGA